AUGGAGGUUAGGAAAUGCUUUGAGCCAGGCUGCGAGCUUGAAGUUGAAUUUUCUUGUCCAUGCACUUCUCCAGAUACCUAUUCAUGCUACUUGCACUUUGGAAAGCAUUGCUUGUCUUCUCCUGUGCGCCAUAACUUUGAACCUGUAUUUGUGCAACUAUUUGAAGGAACAAAAGAUGCAGUUCUCAAGUUUUUUUCAAAAGAAAUGUCUAAAAAGGACAAAAUAAAGAAAAAAUUAAUAGCUUCUUUUAGCCAAGAUCUAUGAACUUCAAAAAGCAAUCUUAGUGAGCUUUUGGAAAGGCUAGAGUUAGAAUCAGCAGAAAUAAAAAAUUGUUGCGAAAAGAUUCUUCAUAUACAAAAAAUAUCGAAAUUGGAGCAAGACCCAGUUAUAAAUCUUCUAUCUUUAAAUCCUGAAAUGGCUCUUGAAAAAGCUAAAGCAAUAAUCCCAGGCAGCUCAGAUUCUUAUAAUAAUGCAAAAUCGUUUUUUGAAGCAAAUCUAGAAAUUGGCGAAAGAAUUGAAUCUCUAAUUCAAGAAAAGCUUGAAAUUUCUUUAGAAAAUAGACUCCUUAGCAUAGAGAAAAACAAUGAAAAUUUAAGGAAUAAUAAAGCAGAGAAUUUCAAGGAUGCUAUUUUAGAAUUAAAAGGAGAUUUUCAAAAAAUUACACGGGAACUUGAAAAUUACAAGCAAGAAUUAAAGCUUCAAAGGGAAAACGAUAAAAAUUUUCUUGAUAACCAUAUUCAUGAAAUGCUGAAUAGAUUAGAUGAGCGUAUACAAAUUAACUCAACGGCAGAGCUUUCAAAAGAAUUAAAAGGACCAAUAUCAGAGCUAAUGAGGGGUGCUGAUAAAGCCAACAAAGAAAUCGAAGCUCUUAAACAAGAAAUAGGACUCCAAAAAAAGAAUGUCCCUUUAUUGCUUAAUAAUGAAGUAGAGAAAUUCAAAGAUGCUAUUUUAGAAUCAAAAGGAGAUUUUCAAAAAAUUGAGCGGGAAAUUGAAAAUUACAAGCAAGAAGUAAAGCUCCAAAGGGAAAAUGAUAAAAAUUUUCUUGAUAACCAUAUUCAUGAAAUGCUUAAUCGAUUCGAUGAGCAUGUAAAAAUUAACUCAACGGCAGAGCUUUCAAAAGAAUUAAAAGGAUCAAUAUCAGAGUUAAUGAGAGGUGCUGAUAAAGUCAACAAAGAAAUUGAAGCUCUUAAGAAUGGCCCUUUAUUGCUUAAUAAUGAAGUAGAGAAAUUCAAAGAUGCUAUUUUACGAUUAGAUGGAGAUUUUCAAAAAAUUGCACGGGAACUUGAAAAUUACAAGCAAGAAAUAAAGCUCCAAAGGGAAAAUGAUAAGAAUUUUCUUGAUAACCAUAUUCAUGAAAUGCUGAAUAGAUUCGAUGAGCAUGCGAAAAUUAACUCGACGGCAGAGCUUUCAAAAGAAUUAAAAGGACCAAUAUCAGAGCUAUGGCUUAUCAACCUUUAUGGAUCGACCUCAUUGAAAAUUUAACCACUCUAAAUAGACUUCAUGUCUUGUAAAUUUUAGACAAGACCCCUCACUAUUUGUAGAAAUAUUCUAAUUAUAAUAAAAAAAUACCUAAUUUAAUAUAAGUUUAGAUAAUGAUUUUAAUAAAUUUUUAAAAAACACUUCUAAUAAUAAUGAGAUGAAGGUUCGGCAAAAUAAAACCAAGGCAUAUUUACAAUUAAAAUAAUUCUUCUCUUAAUGUCUGAAAUGGCAUUUUCAUGGUAAAAUGGCUAGCCAAAAAAAAAUUGACUUGUGUGAAUCAUUUUGACAAUUAAACUAGUCAUUUUUAAAAAUUUACGCUUAAUAAAAAUUAAAAACUUAUUUUUAUAAAUAAACUUAUAUAGCUAUUUAAUACAUUAUUUGAUACAUAAGGUGUCUUAAAAAAUCAAAAUGGCUGAUAAGUAAAAACCAAAAACUUGUCAAUCGAUGUCCAAUUUUCCGAAAGAAUAAUUCCUUAAAAUAAUACUAAUUUAUUUAUGAGGAUAAGAGCUAUAAUUUACAAAGUCAUUAUAAGUGAAUCUCCAUAUAGCAAAGUUCUUACCUACUCAUAUAACAAUUGCUUAACCCCCAUUCGAACAAAAAUUUUUGUCGCUCAUAGAUGGGGAUUAUUUUUUUUUUAUAAAAUUUAUAGAUGAUUUUAUAGUAAAUUUUGCUUUCUAAAUUUAAAAAAAAAUCCCAAUUCGCAAAAUUUGAAAUUGUCAAAAUGGUUCAAACUUAUCAAAAAAUUUUUAACUUGCCAAUUUAAUCUCAUUUUUGGGCCAUGCCAUUUUACCGCAAAAAUGCCAUUUUUUCAACAUUAAGAGAGAGAGCGAAUUUAAUUGUAAAUAAUACCUUGGCGAACCUAUGCUAAUUAUUAGACUUUUUUUCAAAAUUAUUAAAAAUCAAUUAUCUUAAACUAUAUUGAACUUGUUUAAAUUUAGAGAUUUAUUAUUAUAAUCAGAAUAUUUUCUAAAUAUUGAGGGGAUUUGUCUAAGAUGUGCAAGGUAUGAAGUCUAUUAGAACGGCUACAUUUUCAAUGAGGUCGAUCCAUAAAGGUUCAUGAGUUAUAAUGAGAGGCGCUGAUAAAGCCAACAAAGAAAUCGAAGCUCUUAAACAAGAAAUAGGACUCGAAAAAAAGAAUGUCCCUUUAUUGCUCAAUAAUGAAGUAGAGAAAUUCAAAGAUGCUAUUUUAGAAUCAAAAGGAGAUUUUCAAAAAAUUGAGCGGGAAAUUGAAAAUUACAAGCAAGAAGUAAAGCUCCAAAGGGAAAAUGAUAAAAAUUUUCUUGAUAACCAUAUUCAUGAAAUGCUGGAUAGAUUUGAUGAGCAUGUAAAAAUUAACUCGGCGGCAGAGCUUUCAAAAGAAUUAAAAGAACCAAUAUCAGAGCUAAUGAGAGGUGCUGAUAAAGUCAACAAAGAAAUUGAAGCUCUUAAACAAGAAAUAGGAUUCCAAAAGAAGAAUGAUCCUUUAUUGCUUAAAAUUGAUAAAAAAGUUGGGGAGUAUGAUAAAAUUAUAAAUUCACUGAAUAAUGAUCUAAUGGAAUUUAAGAAAUCAAGUACAGAUCUGAUAAAAAAUAUAAAAUUAUUUGAAGAGUGAAAACAAGAAAUAGAGCUUAAUAAGAGAAAUGAGGCAGAUUUUAUGAGAUCUCAGCUUAAAAAGUUAGAAGAAAAAUAUGAGGAGCAAGGCAAAAUAAUAGAUGAAAAGAAUCAUCAAUUAGCUGAAGCCAAAGAGUUUAUCAAUGGUCUAAGAGAUGAUGUAGAAAAGAAUAAGAUUGAGCUUGAAGCUUGAAAGAAAGAUACAGAGCUAAAAUUAAACAAUAAAAACGACCAAAGUUGAAUUUGAGAAUCAGCUUAA